AUAAUAUCUACACCACCCACACCCAUCAGCGAUCACUUAGUGCCCAUAGCACUAUCCCUCUUUAGCCAUCCCCCCUGUAGUACGAGCGACCCCCCUCACGCUUUUCUCACCCAGACGCAGGCAGAGCAGACCAAUCCCUCCACACCUCUCUCUCUUUUCCUCUCCCAUUUUCUGCGCUCCUCCUGCCGACUCCUGCCUUUCCGACCGAGCAGCCCGCCGCCGCCCAACACAAAACACGAAAAUCCUCCCCUCAAACCCACCCUCACCUCUCCCUCCCCCCAAAGCCUCUUUUUUUCCCCCACGAGGCCACCUCUUGACCCAACGGCGACGAUACGUCUAUUCAAGACGACAACGCGAUCUAGAGAUUUCCAUCUCUUCAAUACACUCAAAACAACGACGAUCAAUCAACCAGACGAACUCCGCAUCGCUGUUUACGGCAAGAGCGGCACCUGCUGAAAAAAAGGCGAAGCUAUCAACAGACGGCCCUAUCUCCAGCGGCGAAUCCCACCCCAUACAGGCGAACUCGAUCCCGCACAGGGACGACGAAAAUUUUCUCAACGACGACGCGAGACGCUACCACACUUUCUGGUCUGCGAAUAAUCCAUAACGUCGAGCAUUUCUGUCGCCGCUUUCUCUUCCUCGGAAAGAAAGGCCUACAAGAGCUGAGAUCACUUCGCCGUAAGUCUUUCGCCCUGUCCCGCUCGCGCUUCCCCUCUCCUGCCCACUCACAACCACGUUGCCCUCAACCUCCCCGCGCGCUUCCCAAACAAGGCGGCCAAACAAGCAUUUCACCAUCUUGCGGCAUACUGACCACGCGUCUUUUCUGAACAGACACGAGAAGUGCAUCGUUCCCGUAAACUGGGCAUUCUUUGUCUCUGGCCGCUGCAAAGCACACCCCUGCAUUGCUCUUGCUUGCCGCAGUCGCGAACAAUCCCCUCGGUAUCAGCGGGCCAUCUUUCUGGCUGGUGAGGAUUAAAGAUGGCGGACCAACAUGAGGUCGACCUUGACUCGAUAAUCGACCGCCUCCUCGAGGUUCGUGGAAGCCGUCCCGGUAAGCAGGUGCAGCUUCUCGAGGCCGAGAUCCGCUACCUCUGCACCAAGGCUCGUGAGAUCUUCAUCUCCCAGCCCAUUCUUCUCGAGCUAGAGGCUCCCAUCAAGAUCUGCGGUGAUAUCCACGGACAAUAUUACGACUUGCUGCGUCUCUUCGAGUACGGCGGCUUCCCUCCCGAGGCCAACUACCUCUUCCUGGGUGAUUACGUCGAUCGUGGCAAGCAAUCGCUCGAGACCAUCUGCUUGUUGCUCGCCUACAAGAUCAAGUACCCCGAGAACUUCUUCAUCCUCCGCGGCAACCACGAGUGCGCCUCCAUCAACCGUAUCUACGGUUUCUACGACGAGUGCAAGCGCCGCUACAACAUCAAGCUCUGGAAGACAUUUACGGACUGCUUCAACUGCCUGCCUAUCGCCGCUAUCAUCGACGAGAAGAUUUUCACUAUGCACGGCGGUCUCAGCCCUGAUCUGAACUCCAUGGAGCAGAUUCGCCGCGUCAUGCGACCCACUGACAUUCCCGACUGCGGUCUUCUCUGCGAUCUGUUGUGGUCUGAUCCCGACAAGGACAUCACAGGCUGGAGCGAAAACGACAGAGGUGUCUCCUUCACUUUCGGUCCCGACGUUGUGUCCCGGUUCCUUCAGAAGCACGAUAUGGAUCUGAUCUGUCGUGCCCACCAAGUCGUGGAAGACGGUUACGAGUUCUUCUCCAAGCGCCAGCUCGUGACCCUGUUCAGUGCACCGAACUACUGCGGAGAAUUCGACAAUGCCGGAGCCAUGAUGAGUGUGGACGAGAGCUUGCUCUGCUCGUUCCAGAUUCUGAAACCUGCUGAGAAGAAACAAAAGUUCGGCCGUCGUUAAAUGCCUCCCGCCCAUAUCGACCGCUCUACUUUUACGUCCACCGACGCGGGUCUCUCGCGACCCCUUCACACCGUCCUCCCGCCUUCUCGAUCCUCUGGGUCACCCUCCGUCAACUCUUCGACUUGUCCGAUUCUUCCCGAGCCCACCCACCGACUACAACCCGCGCAAACUGUUCACGAUUACGGCUGUCUGGUAGCAGAAGAUAAAAACACAAAAACACUGGAAUUUGCAAUGGCUAUCACAACGUCUCACGUGCCUCUGUGCGAAGCCCCUCGGUGGACAAGAACUCACCCAGGGGUGUAAUAAUGAGUGAUUUGCACGCCAAUAACGCGCCAAGAGCAGCCUCAAUUUACUGUUCCAUCGUGGGAAUACUUGUCCCCCCAUCCGCCACUGCCACAAAGGCUUGUCCCAAAGUCAUUGUGCUGAGGCGCCAAUUGGCAAUAUCCACCGUGGUCACGGAGAUCACAUGAACUUGAACAUCCGCUCUUGUGUCCUCUAGCUUGCGUCGCGGCCGUAGGUGGCCGUGUCUCAGCUCAAUGUCGCGGUGGCACUUGUAAGACUAUAAUUUACUCGGCAUAGACAGAAGCAAGUCUGUCGUGGGGUUGGUAUUCUGGUUUCUCAAAGGAGGCAUCGCUCAUCGGCCGGGCAACAGGGGGGC